UGGCCAGAGUACUCCAUCACCUCCAAAUCCGAAAAUUUUAAAAUGUAAUCAAGGCGGUAAUGACGACGACAUCUCGGAAUAACUUGAGCCGGUGAUUACGCCUCCAAAUUUCAAAUUUAAAUCCCUUCUUGUCUGGACGACAAGAAAAAGAAAAAGGAGGGGGGGAAAAAACAAUAGAAGAGGGCUUCAAGAUGCAGCAACUCCUAAAGAAAACUGGGUUCCCCCCAUCUUACCCUUCUCAUUACCAUCAACCUCGUUCCUCCCCCCAGCCGGACACGCUACCAUCUCUCGCCUCCGAUAUGCCACCUAAGCUCCAUCGCCGAUCUCGUAGCGAGAUCUCAUCAGGGUUCGACGACGAAAUGCUGAAUGAGCUCAACUGCUACGAAUCAUCGGAGAGCAACUGCAGCAGGCCUCGCCAUUGCCGGAGUGCUUCAAUGGGUAAUUUGGAUCUUACUGAGUUCAGCAGUGAUGAACUGGAAAAGAUCAUGGCGAAUGAAAUGCUCGCAAAAAUUGCACUUGUGGAUCCUAAGAGAGUAAAAAGGAUUUUGGCUAAUAGACAGUCGGCUGCUCGAUCAAAGCAGAGGAAGAUGCAUUAUAUCUCAGAGCUAGAGCGGAAAGUGCAAACCCUGCAGUCAGAGGCUACUACAUUGUCAGCUCAGUUAACUUUGUUGCAGAGAGAUACUGCUGGGCUUUCGAGUCAGAACAAUGAGUUGAAGAUUCGAAUUCGAGCCAUGGAGCAGCAGGCGCAAUUAAAAGAUGCUCUUAAUGAGGCAUUGACUGCAGAGGUGCACCGUCUGAAACUUGCCAAUGGCGAAGGCGCUCAUUUAUCAAGUAGCUCCUUCCAGCAACUCUCAAUCAAUCAUAUUUUUCAGCAGCAGCAGCAGGAUAAUUCUGUUGCCAAGAAAGAAUCAAGUCAAUAGCUUGGGAUACAGUAUAAUGACCGAUGUUGGAGAUUUGCGCGUAACAGCAGAUCUUCUACCU